AUGCAAUCUUCAAAGCAAUCAUCAUUGGUCACUUCAAGGUGGAAUGUCCUGAUUCCUUUCUGCUCCUUGCCAUAUUUUGUCUUUGGUGCUCCUCAUGAAAGUGUCAGCACCAACAAGGUGCUUAUUGACACGCUUCGACCGGAAGACCGUUCUUUAUCUCUAGCAGAAUACCGCAAUCUUUCUAUCCGUGUCGCAGUAGGGUUGCAGCGGCUGGGGGUCCAACCCAAGGAUCGAGUCUUAUGCCUCUCAGGCAACUCAAUAACAUAUGCGGCGCUUCUGAUGGGCACCAUCAUGGCGGGAUGUAUUUUUGUACCUGGUCAACCUGGCUAUGGCCAACGAGAGUUGGAAAGAUUACUCACGGUUGCAAAGCCUUCUGUAAUUCUGACACAACGGGCGCAAACAGAUGCUCUGUUGCGCGCUGCGGGAACAACCUCAUGCCCAGCUCUAGAGCGACUAUCCAUAUUUAUCUUUGACGAUGAUAUUAUCGACGGCACAGGCAAGCCUUACCUUGAUGUUCUUCACUGGCAGCAGAUGGUGAGCUCCCCAGUCGAGAUCGACUGGAAGUAUCCCGAAAUCAGAUCCGCGUAUGAUUACAACAGCACCAUUGUCAUAAUGUUCACAUCAGGUACAACCGGUGAUCCCAAGGGGGUCGAAAUUUCUCACUGCAACUAUAUCUCGGCUGCCGUGAGUUAUAUGCAACGAGUAUCUCUCCAUCCAGACUGGAAACAGUCCACGCAAGACACAGCAAAGAAUAAAACCCCGAUCCGUGCAUUAGGCGCACUCGGGAUGCACCAUAUCCUUGGUCAGCGAUCUUAUAGCGUCAUCUUUCCCAAGCUUGGAAUUCCGCUUUAUCUGUUAGGUCAGCCAAAUCCGCAAGAUAUAAUGGAUGCUGUGGAGAAAUUUGAGAUUUCCGAUGCAAUUGUCAGAAGCUCCAUGCUUACCGAGAUUGCGAAAAACCCUACUAUCACUCGUGGAAAAGAUUUGAGAUCCCUGAGGAGGGUGGAGGCGUGUGCAGCACCGAUGGAUCAGUCAACAAAAAUCGCCCUGGAAAAUUUGGGGAUUGGGCGGAUUACCCGAGUAUGGGGAUUGACCGAACUCGGGUUGAUUACUGGUCAUUAUAUGGGCAUCCCCUCGAUUUCCGAAUCUGUAGGAGAACUGCAUGCCAACUUCGAGGGCAAGGUGACCGACCCCAACGAGCCUACUCGGAUUGUCGACCGCAAUACCAUUGGCGAUAUUUGGAUCCGUGCACCUAGCCGUAGCAUCGGGUAUUAUAAAAAUCCAGGUGCCACCAGAGAGGUAUCUGGAGCCGGUGGGUGGUUUCCCACUGGAGAUGUAGGAUAUGUUGAUGAGGAAGGAAAAUGGUUCAUCGUGGAUCGUAAGAAGGACCUGAUCAAAGUGAACGGCAACCAUGUGGCACCGACCGAGCUUGAAGCCGCUUUGCUUCGCCAUCCGGACAUCGUUGAUGUUGGAAUCAUUGGCGUUGCUGUGAACCAAGAUGAAGGGCCACGGGCUUAUAUUCAGACUACCCCUAAUUCAGUUCUAUCCGCCGCAGAAGUUCACCACUUCAUGGCCGACAAAGUUGCUCCAUAUAAGUAUCUUUCUGGGGGUAUCUCAUUCAUUCCAAGCAUCCCACGAAACCAAAAUGGAAAGAUCCUACGUGCAGAGCUUCGAGAAUUGGCUAAAAUGGAUCUUGGUGGCUCAGGGGGUCACUACCACGGAAUAUGCGCAGCUUAUCCUCCUGCGCUACAUACACCUCCGCCCACUUCGAUUCUCUCAUGA